CCCAAACGACGAAGAAAAAAAGGCCUACACAGCAUAUAAAAGCUCCAAGUUUCAUUUUCUUGAUUGAGAGAACAAAUCUGUGACGUUCUAAUACAGUACAAAAACCUCGACUUGAUUUGUUGAGAGAUUCGAAAUCCUUUCUUUAUUAUCAGAUAAAUUAUCAUUUUCCGGGCUGCUCUGCAAAGAAAGUUGAAUAUUGUAAUUCCCUCUCUCUCAUAUUUUGUAUGGGAUUUUGCAGUGCUGUACACUUGGAUAGUUUUAGGAAGUCUUCUCUAUAGAUCUUGAAGCAUGUUUUGAAUUUUGUUAAUAGCUACAUUUUUCAGAAUGCGAAGUCAUAAAUCUCAGAUGGGUUACCAGAAAUUAUGGCUUUCCUUGCUUUGUUUUGCUGCAGAUAUUUUCUUGUGUUUAUAGAUUCAGACAUGGAGAAGUUGCAGUGGGGGAACAGGAAGAGACUGAGAUGUGUAAAAGUGAAAGAUUCAUCUUUGAAUGGGAAAUCAGAUGGAGAUGGAUCUGGGAGCGGCGUUGUGAAGAAGAGAAUCACAUCAAGAGUUCCUGAUAAUAACAAUAAUGGUAGUAGUAAUAACAAAGAAUCAUCUGUUCUUCAUCCUAUUCCAUCUCCUCAACGUUCCAACAGAGACUUGGGUUUGAUUAGAUCUGGUGCAAAUGAUAGCCUAAAAGCAUCAACGUCUUCAUCACCUGAGAAAGAAGAUCGGUAUUACACAAGGGGGUCGGGGACAUUUGAUGAUACUAGCAAGGCUUUUGCAAAUCCAGAGGAAAGUAGAAAGAUUGUUUGGCCAAGAUUACUUGUUACAUUGUCGAGUAAGGAAAAAGAGGAAGAUUUUAUGGCUAUGAAAGGCUGUAAACUGCCUCAGAGGGUUAAGAAAAGGGCCAAGUUGAUCCAAAGAACUAUUCUUUUGGUAAGUCCUGGUGCAUGGUUGUCUGAUUUGUGCCAAGAGAGGUAUGAAGUGAGGGAGAAGAAGACUUCUAAAAAGAAGCCUAGAGGAUUGAAAGCUAUGGGAAGCAUGGAAAGUGAUUCAGAAUGAUGGCUUGGGACAGGGAGAGGGAGAACAAAUUGUAGUAACAAUCUGAUAA